AUGGGGAAAGAUUUGAAUUCUGCCUUUCCCAGGCGAAUUCCUUUGGCGGUAGUUUUGUGCUCUUGGUGUCUGGUUUUGGUGGGAUUCCAGCAAGCAGUUUUAUCAGUGAUGGCUGUUGAAAAGUUGUGCUAUGAAGAGGAAAAAGUACCUAAGUUGGUGGAAAAUAAAAGUCAGAUCAUAAAGUUUGGCGAAGGAACGUACUACUGCAUGUUCAGUGAGCAUCCGAUGCGGAUUCCAAUCAUGGUGGAUACGUUGAGCUGUUCUAUAGAUUACGAUGUGCAGAAAAAACGAGCCUGUUGCGAAGGGUACCAUACAGUUGGGGAUGAAUGUUUGCCAUCCUGUCGGUUGAAGUGUAUCUUUGGAGAAUGUGUUGCACCAGACACGUGCGAUUGCUACAGUGGCUAUAAGAAAGUGAGCGAUUAUCGCUGUGAGCCUGUCUGUGAAGUACCGUGUGAAAAUGGACAAUGUGUUGCUCCGAACGUGUGCCUUUGUGAUGCGGGUUUUGAGCGAGAUCCAGCGAGCGGAUCCUGUCGUCGAAAGUGUGAUCGUACAUGCAGAUUUGGACGGUGCGUCGAUGAUGUUUGCGAAUGUGACGAGGGAUAUCGACCGGAUCCGAAUGAUGGCAAUGCUUGCGUAGCACACUGUACGGAGGAAUGUGUUCAUGGCGUAUGCGUGCUGCCUAACAUGUGCCAGUGUGAGGCAGGAUACACACUUUCAACGCAAUCAAACUUCACCUGUGUGCCCGUUUGUCCCGAAGGAUGUGCCAACGGUAACUGCAUUGGACCGCACCAAUGUGCCUGCCAUGCCGGGUACGAGCUAGACGAUAGCAACCACUGUGUCCCGGUGUGCCUAAAACCUUGCCAGGGUGGCCAAUGUAUCGCUCCGGGUAAAUGUAGCUGCGGCGAAGGAUAUGGUCCCGCUGAGGAUGACCAAUCUGUGUGCAUUCCAAGCUGCUCCGAACCCUGCGUCAAUGGAGACUGCGUGGCACCAAACGUCUGUCUGUGUCACAGGAACUAUCGUCCACGGGAUGAACAGUCGCCACACGUUUGCGUUCCCGACUGUCGCAACGGUUGUGUGAAUGGGGUGUGUUCUGGUGCUGGAGUGUGUGAAUGUGCGGAAGGAUUCCUGUACAACGAAACGAUCGGUCUGUGUGAACCGUUUUGUAACGAGCCGUGUGAGAAUGGUGUCUGCAUCGGUGGGAACCAGUGCCAGUGUCGGGAAGGUUAUCAGUUGGAUCCAAAGACGGGUCGAAAAUGUGUGCCACACUGUUCGAAACCAUGCGUCCAUGGGAUUUGUGUCGCUCCGGAUGUUUGUGAUUGUAAAAAAGGUUACAUUAAGAGUGAAAACAGUAGGAAUGUCUGUGAGCCGAAAUGUUCGAAAGGUUGCUCAAAUGGACGAUGCAUUGCUCCGGAUCACUGUGAAUGCCAUAAAGGUUACAUUGCAACUUCAAGCUCACCAACUUCCAAAUCAUCAAUCUGUACUCCAUACUGCAAGAACAAAUGUGUUAACGCUUACUGCAUCCGGCCGAACGUGUGCCAAUGUCUAGCUGGUCAUCGAUUCGUGGACAACAGUACGAGUGUAUGCGAACCGAUCUGCGAGGACAGUUUGGUGGACUGCACGAAUGGUCGCUGCACACAGCCAAACGUUUGCGAGUGUAACGAAGGUUACACGCUAGCCAUCCGAAAUGGACGAAUGCUCUGUGAACCUGUUAGCUGUCAUGAACAUUGCGUCAAUGGUUACUGUGCAGAGGAGGGCCAUUGUGUAUGCCAUCCAGGAUAUCAUCCCUUACAGCAAUUCGACUCCAUCUGCGAACCUAUGUGUGAUGGUGGAUGUAAAAAUGGCGCCUGCAUUGCCCCAAAUACCUGCGUGUGUAAUGAGGGAUUCGUUCGUGCACCCGGAAGUGAUCGGUGUGAGGCAAACUGUGAUCCAGCUGUGGUCGAUUGCUAUAAUGGAGUUUGUGUCGGUCCAAAUCAAUGCCAGUGUUUGGAGGGAUACUAUAUGCCAAUUCCAACGCACGGUGGACCAGCAGAAUGUGUCCCGGUCUGUGUGAAUGGAUGCAUCAAUGGCCGCUGCCUAGCGCCGAGCGAGUGUCUAUGCAACGAUGGAUACGAGUAUUCGGUAGAUUCGGGACAGUGCGAGCCCGUGUGUGUGCCCCGAUGUCAGAAUGGUAUUUGCGUUGCUCCGAAUAUGUGCCAAUGUCUGGAAGGAUAUACACCGAUCGAAGACCCAGAGACACUGGAGGAGUCGAGCUUUGAGUGUGCACCGUAUUGUGAUCCGAAUGUAGUGAAUUGUACAUUUGGCAUCUGUGGUGGUCCUAACGCUUGUAGAUGUUUUGAUGAUUUUUACUCUACCAUCGAUCAACAAGGCAGACAAACGUGUGAGCUCAUCCCGGAACCGGUCGAGUGCGGUAAGGACGUCAUUAUCUAUGAGGUGGAAAAUGCGUCCCAUGGCUGUGUUUGUGACGAGGCAACCGAUUGUCCGAAACCUAACUGUCCUGAGAUUGAUCCACCUGUAUGUAACGUAACGUGUCCUCCACCUCCGCCUCCUCCAACACCAUGUCCAAAGGUGAUUUGUCCAACGGUACCUCCAACCCGAGCGACGACUAAGGCACCACCAAUAGUGCCAAUAACUUGCCCACCGGUACAAUCGUGUCCAGACGUAAUUUGUCCAACAGUGCCACCUCCGGAAUGUCCCACGACUCCAACCCCAGAGCCUAUGUGCGAUGAGCUGUACGUGAACUGUGCAAAUGGCGAUUGUAUUGAUAACAAUGUGUGCUCUUGCUAUCCUGGCUAUCAGUUGGCUAUUGGGCCGGAAUCGAUAGUGUACUGUAAGCCUGUUUGCAGCGAUGACUGCACCAACGGUAUCUGCACCGAACCGGAUGUAUGUGUCUGCCUACCAGGAUACGUCGAAACGUUCGAAGGCCACUGUGAACCCUACUGCGAGGAACCAUGCGGAAAGGGGUCCUAUUGUGCGAAACCCAACUUUUGUGAGUGCGAGCAAGGAUUAGUCCUCAAUGAGCAAGGCAACUGUGAACGUACGUGUAACCCUGAAUGCGUAAAUGGGGAGUGCGUAGACGGACGUUGUUUCUGUGAAACGGGAACGUUCCUGCGGAAUGGGCACACCUGUGUCGAGGCACCAGCUGCAGUUGAUGAUCUUUACAUUCGAAGUCGAUUUGCUGCCGAAGAUGAUGAGGACGAGGAAGAGGAUGAUGAUGAGGAACAGAUCGAUCGAAUCGAACCAUUAAACUGUCCGGACGGAUUCCGAGCAGUGCCAGCGACGGGAGAAUGUGUAUGCGAUUCCGGAGCCAUUGCCGUUGAUGGUACCUGCAUAAAUCUGAACCCUGUUGAUAAGGUAAAACUACUCGAUCAGUCGAUGCAGCAGUUGGUGGUAGCGAGUGACACGAUUGCUGAAUCGAAAAACGAAAGCAUCUCUCAGCCAGAACCGAUUCAACUGGCAGGAUCCAGCCUACUGUCGGGAAUUGAUCGUGACCAAUGGAUCAUUAUAGCGGCAGUCAUCUGUGCAACAAUUGUGAUCGUCACAGCGUCUGUUUUGAUGUGCAAAUACGUUAAAAAACGAAACUCGAGGGAAACGGACAUCAACUAG